GGUUCAGUUUCGUUGUGCGUUCUAAAGUAAUUAGUUCGUGUACUACCGCUCUGCGAAAAUGCGGUUUCGAGCGUCGCGAAACAGGCUCGAUUGCAUUUUCACGUUAUCGAAAUGGGUUGUUCUUCUCGUUUGUCUUUCCUCAUUAAUGCCAAGUGGUAUUAUUGCGCAAACCGAAAGCGAGACGUUUGAAAGUGCAUACGGACUGAAUGUACACGAAUCAGUCGAGAAUCAUAAUACGGAAGAGAACGAGUUGUCGCCGCCACAUGCAAAGGAAGCGGAAACUUCUUCGGAGAUCGAAGAUCUCGCUGUGGAGGACAAAAAUUUAGGCCCUGUCGAAAAAAAAGACGGUGAGGAAAAUCCGACCCAAGUUCUGCCGGAAACUGAAAAUGCUUUUGUAGCGAAAAGCGAAUCUGAGACGGAUUCGAUCUCCGUUCAAAAGGUUUUCGACGGAAUAACGGAGGAAAAGAACGGAAAAUAUGUAAGAUACGAUUCAGAUUCACCCGAAGCUGAUCGGUACGCGCCUCGUCCAGAUGACAAUCCGCCUUUUUAUAAAAUAACAGAUACCAGAUUGCGAGAUAUUCGAUCUAAGUUCAUGUACUGGUAUUUCGACAAAGGCGGAGACAAUGAUAUGGGAGAUUACCAAUCGGCUUUGCAGGCUACAUCAUUGCAGAUCCACAAGAAUUUGAAUUUUCAAUUGCCGUUCUUCGGCUUUAGGUUCAAUUACACAAGAUUAACCGUUAACGGAUACUUAGAGUUCAGCGAUCCACCGGAGCAUCUUACAUAUCCCCUUGUUUUUCCGAUCAAAGAUUGGCCGAAAAAGAAUGAUCCCAGUUUCAUCGGCAUUUUCUUUAGUAAAUGUCGCAUAGGCAUGCUGAGAGAAACGGACAUUGAUCAAAGGAAGCCGGGGGUAUAUUUUCGACUCGAGAGGGACUUGCAAUCGAGAACCGAUCAGUUCGGUGUGGAAAUGCGAGAGCGUGUCAUGUGGGACAUUCGUCAAGGUGUUGUAGGCGCUGAUUCCUUCGAGCCAAAGCACGCCCUUAUCGCAACCUGGAAGAACAUGUCCUUUGCAGGUGGCAUCGAUUUAUCUCUUUAUCGAACCAACACGUUUCAACUAGUUUUAGCCACCGACGAAGUCUUUACUUACGCUAUCUUCAACUAUCUUAAUCUCCAAUGGACGAGUCAUACUGAGGCAGGCGGUGAUACAACGCAAGGAGAGAAUGGAGUUCCUGCAUUUGUGGGAUUUAAUGCUGGCAACGGAACCCAGAGUUACGAGUACAAGCCUUAUUCUCAGGCAACCACGCUCCGCGAUUUAACGAGCAGAGGAUGGGCAAACGGCUUUCCGGGUCGGCACAUUUUCAGAAUAGACGAGAAGAUAAUGUUAGGCACUUGUAAUAAGGAUAUUGCCGGAGCUCAUCUGCCGUUGGUUUUCGCCCCGGAAAGUGGAAAUAUGUUGGGCGGUACCGUCGUCAACAUCACAGGACCGUGUUUCAACGAGAGCCAAAAAAUCAAGUGCCGCUUCGAGAACGAAGUAGUGAUGGGCACGGUAAUCGACAAAAACCGCGCGAUUUGCAUACAGCCGUUCUUGAAGUACGAAGGCUACAUACGAUUCUACAUUGCUAUCGACAGCGGAGCUUACGAUUGGAAGGGAAAAUACUUCGUUGAAACUCCGGCCACGGCGACGGAGAGAAUCUUUUUCAGCGAUAAAGAUGCCGUUCAUAGAAAAGAUCCUGCGGAAAUAAAAUUCACCUGGAACUCGUAUAAUUUAACUAGCAAUAUAGGAGCGGGCGUGCAAAUUUCACUGUGGGGAUACAGAGAGACGAAGACAACACCCGAAUUUGAAUAUAUAACGACUUUGGAGAAGUCACACACCAACAUGGGUAGUUACGUGAUUAAACCAGCCAAAUACCGAGACAUGUACAAUCCGUAUCACGUAGACAUGGCAUUCGGUUUCAUACAAAUUAACCUGACCGAGCCGCACUUGUAUUCCGGACUCUCGAUAACACCGAGCUUGUGGAGCAGACCGAUUCCGCUCGCAUGGUAUUUCUCGUCACAAUGGGAACGAUUACACGGAUCGAAGUGGGCUCAGAAACUCUGCGAUAAAUGGAUCAUGCAUGACCGGUAUCUAAAAAAUUUCGCCGCUGAGGUAGCGCUUUGCCCUUGCAUUCUGGAUCACGCUUUGUACGAUAAAGGUCGUUUCCUCCCGGAUUACAACUGCGAUAAAGAUUCGAAUAUAGACUGCUAUUAUAAUCAACACGCCAUGCACUGCGUCAGAACAGGUGCACCAAACUUAGAUGGCUCGGAGCAACAGUGUUGUUACGACAGAAACGGUUUCUUGAUGUUGACUUACGAUCAGCAAUGGGGUUCGCGACCACAUCGGUCUCACAAUUUAGGCUACUUCCCAUGGAACGAGGCUAACAAGGUGCCAACUCUGUCGCAUUGGUACCACGAUAUAGUGCCAAUGUAUUCGUGCUGCCUCUGGCAAGAAGAACAAGCCGUCGGUUGCGAGACGUUCCGAUUCGAGAGAAGACCGUCGCAAGAUUGCAUUGCUUAUCAAUCUCCAGGUGUAUCGGCGGUAUUCGGCGAUCCUCACUUCGUCACAUUUGACGGCGUCGAGUAUACUUUUAACGGUAAAGGCGAAUUCGUUUUGCUGCGAGUGAACGAUCUCAGGGACAAACUUGACGUGCAGGGUAGAUUCGAGCAGAUGCCGAACAACAUUUACGGCCAAGUGAUGGCGACGCAUCUCACCUCGGUAGUGGCGAGAGGCAAUAAUUCUGCCACUAUCGAAGUUCGUUUGAGACCUAAACACGCGCAAUGGAGAUAUCGGCUCGAUGUUUUCGCGGACGGUCAAAGAGUGUACUUCGACAGACCAGCCUUAAAAUUCCAACACUUUGCCGGGGUCGUCGUUUACACUCCAACGUACAUAUUAAACCAGAGCGAAGUCAUUGUUAUGUUCGACACUGGGGCAGGCGUCGAAGUUGUGGAAAACGAGGGGUUUUUGUCCGCGCGAAUGUAUUUGCCGUGGACGUACGUGAAUAAAACGAGGGGAUUAUUUGGCAUUUGGAACUUCGAUAAGACAGACGAUUUAACAAGUCCAUACGGUUAUCAGGUGCCUAUCAUGAGCGUGAAUCAUUCAGAGACCAUUCAUAGAGAUUUUGCAAUACAAUGGAUGCUGGAAGAUAAGGAGAAUAAAGUCAAAGGAGGGGCUUUAUUCCAUAGAGAGUUUGGUCGAACAGCGAGCUAUUAUGCUAAUCACACGUUCAUACCUGAAUAUCGAAAGUAUCCGCAAGAGAUACUUCCAUUGAAUAGAACAUACGACAUAAAUCGCGCGAUCGACUUAUGCGGCGAGUCUUAUCAGUGUCAAUACGAUUACGCUAUGACUUUGAAUCGUGAUUUAGCGCACUUUACCAGAAACUACUACGACACUUACACCCAAAUCAAUGCGUUGAACAAAAGAGAGAUUGUGUCCUGCGGGAUAUUGGAAACACCGCGAUUCGGACGUAAGAGCAAUUUUCUGUUUAUCCCGGGGACGAAAGUGAGUUUCGAAUGCAAUCAGGAUUUCAUACUUGUCGGUGACCAGCGUCGGGUGUGCACGCCGGAAGGUCGCUGGAACACUCCGGAGUAUGGAUAUACGGAAUGCCUUCGUCACAUCGAGUACGUUCAGCGUACAGCGUGGACCGUAAUGGGCAUUAUUGCCGUCGUAAUAAUCCCCGUGAUGGCCUGCAUCGUCGGCGGUUUUCUUUAUAUAAGAAAGAACCAGUCUCAGGGAGGUUCCAUGAAAUCGUGGGGUUAUACCGGACGCUUGUCUACCAUCGAUAAUGAAUCCACACUGUCGAAGCCGCUAAAGGCGUAUGAUGAUAGGGCCAUUACUCCAAUUAGCGAUGCUAGCACAAUUGAUACUAAUAGCAGCCCUAGGAAGCGUCGUAGUUACGAUAGAGUGUACCGCACACACGAACCUUUGCCGAACAGGCCGGACAUUGACUUCGAAGAUAAAGAGUGGGACUUGAAGGAGCCCGUCUCACCCACGGGGUCGGAUUCGGGCGCAGAUACGAUUAGAAAAACAAACAGUCCCACUAGAGAAAGUAACGUUUAGAUGAUAUUCGUCUCAAUAUUAUUGUAAUAGAAACGAUAAGGUCUGCUCGCAAGGCUGCUUCAUUUGCACGCGUUAUUUGAGUCAGUAUGUAUGUGUGUGUGUGUGUAAGUGACCAUGACAGAAUGUAUCUUGAUUCCAACUUGAGCGACACACACCUUGCACGCGUAGAAAUUAACAUUAAUUAUCGCAAAUUAAAUAUCAAUUAAUUUGAAAUUUAGCAUAGAAACUUAGCUGUCGUUUUCUUCAUGAAUUUUGGACGAUAAAGAUAAAUCCAUUAUAUAUCAUUUCAUAAAGUUCGGUGUUUAUUUUAAUAUUUCUACCUUAACGUAUAGACAAUAGGAGUGUGUUUUACUGUCCUUGCUGUGGAAUAGAAAUAGUUACAUUACCGAUUGUAUAUUUAAAAUAUAUACAUUAUUGUUGUCAUUGAUAUGACGCAAUUAAAUAUAAUACAUCAAACGUUGUAUGUGGCUCUAAGCAAUGAUCGAACGCAAUAUUAAUUCUCUACAAAUGUAACAAUCGGUUUAUAUGAUUGUAAUAAUUAUACCGCAGUAUUUAAUGCCAUAAACACUUGUGUUCUCACAUUGUAAAAGCCUGUUUUAAUAAAAUUUUGUACAUCAUUAAAAUGA